AUGCCGUCCAUCCCCGAAGAGCCCCUCCUCGCUCCCAACCCCGACCGCUUCUGUAUGUUCCCCAUCCACUACCCUGAGGUGUGGGAGAUGUACAAGAAGGCCGAGGCUUCCUUCUGGACGGCCGAGGAAGUCGAUCUCUCCCAGGACCUCCGCCACUGGGAGUCCCUCACCCCCGACGAGCGCCACUUCAUCAAGCACGUCCUCGCCUUCUUCGCUGCCUCCGAUGGUAUCGUCCUCGAGAACCUCGCCGGCCGUUUCAUGAAGGAGGUCCAGAUCUCGGAGGCCCGCGCCUUCUACGGCUUCCAGAUCGCCAUCGAAAACAUUCACUCCGAGAUGUACAGCCUGCUCCUCGAGUCCUACAUCAAGGACUCUGCCGAGAAGAGCAACCUGUUCCGGGCCAUCGAGACUGUCCCCUGCGUCGAGAGGAAGGCCAAGUGGGCCCUCCGCUGGAUCGACGGAUCUGAGUCCUUUGCCGAGCGCCUAAUUGCCUUUGCCUGUGUUGAGGGGAUCUUCUUCUCUGGUAGCUUUUGUGCUAUAUUCUGGUUGAAGAAGCGCGGGCUGAUGCCGGGCCUGACCUUCUCCAAUGAGCUGAUCUCUCGGGAUGAGGGUUUGCACUGUGAUUUCGCGUGCUUGCUGUAUAGCCUGCUGAGGGUGAAGCUGAGCGAGGAGAAGGUGAAGGCUUUGGUUGUGGAGGCGGUGGAUAUUGAGAGGGAGUUUGUGUGUGAUGCGUUGCCCUGUGCGCUGGUGGGGAUGAAUGGGGAAUUGAUGAGCCAAUACAUUGAAUUUGUUGCCGAUAGGUUGUUGAAUGCUUUGGGGUGUAAGAAAGUGUACAAUGUGCAGAACCCAUUUGAUUGGAUGGAGCUGAUCAGCUUGCAGGGGAAGACCAACUUCUUUGAGAAGAGGGUUGGUGAGUAUCAGAAGGCAUCGGUUAUGUCGAGCUUGAAUGGGAGUAUUGGGGACAAUCAUGUGUUCAAGUUGGAUGAGGAUUUCUGA